CAGGCACUUGGGCUACGAGCAAAGAUAGUCGUGUUGAAGAGGUCAUUGAAGAGUUGAUGCUGACAGGCUGCCAAAAUACAAUAAUUGGAGUACCGGGAAAAAUUAAAGGAAUUUCCGGCGGAGAAAUGAAACGACUUUCGUUUGCAUCCGAAGUUCUGACCAACCCACCGCUGCUAUUUUGCGAUGAGCCGACAUGCCUGGACUCGUAUAUGGCCCAGAACGUGGUCAGUGUUCUGAAAUCUUUGGCCCAAAAAGGCAAGACGCUGAUCUGCACCAUUCACCCAGCCCUCUCUGAGGUCUACGCCAUGUUCGACAAGAUCCUCCUCAUGCCAGGGAAGGUCGCCUUUCUGGGGUCCCUGGACCAGGCUACUGACUUUUUUAGGGGUGGAGUAGUUUGA